UCCUUGCAGCUUGAACAAUGCGAUACAUGCGGGGCUCGUGGUUUGAUAGAAAAAGUUGUUACUUGCUCUAAAUGCAGUGUGAUUCGACAUGCUUAUUGCAUUCAAAUUAAUACCACAAUAAUUCCUAAAGACUGGCUUUGUGAGACUUGCCAACCCAAGCAUGAUUCAACUUCACCUUGUAAAGUGAACCAGGAUGUUGGUUCGUGUGCUAGUAAAAGGAAACCAUAUGUCAAAAGAGCCAAAGUGAAGUACCUUGACUUGGAUGAAGUCAUUAGACUUUCUUCUGCGAAGGCUUCUGGUGGAUCCAAAAAUGUUAUUUCCAAGAUUCCCUCCCUGACUGCAAAAUCAAAUCCUCCCAUAUUACCUCCUAAAGUACUUGGGAAGCUUCCAAGAAAUAAUGAAGUACACAAGAAGACAAUGACUAACCAACAUGAUUCUUGCUCAUUGUUUAAAGUAGGAUCAACACAGGAGUGUAUAGAAGAAAAUCAGCAACUCUUUGGUGGACUGGUAGCUGGCAAAAAUGUACAGGCCCAUGAUCCUCAGAAAGAAAAGGCUACAAAAGAUGCCCCUUUUGGAGAUUUAUCAGCAACGAAAUCUUUCCCUAUUGUUGGUGGUGAACCUAGCGACCAUGCUGAGUGUAACAGGUCUAAUAUUGAAAAGAGUGACCCUCAGAGUAUUCAGAAAAACUUAAACCUUUAUCGUGAAUUUUUACCCUCCUCAAUUCAUGCUUGGAGGGGUCAGAUCCAAAUUCUUCAAACAGCUGCAUCUAGCAUAAUUUAUGAUGGGUUUGAGGCCCAACCACCAUGCAUUGUUAACAAGAAAGCAUAUAAACUUUCAAGAGAAAUGCCAUCAGUCCUGCAACUGGAGUCACUUCCUGCAUUGAAUGUCUUGACUGACAUAUUCCCAGAUGAUUCUCCUAACCUUCAGGAUAUUGCAUUGUACUUCUUUCCAUCAGAACAUACUGAUAGGUUCAGAAAGGACCUGAAUGACAUAUUGAAGUUUAUGAAUGACAAGAAAGCAAUGCUAAGAAGUUUUAUUCGUGGAGUGGAGUUGCUAGUAUUUACGUCAAAUCAACUUGACAUAGACUCAAGGGGUGUUAUUGCUGAAGUAAAGGCUGGACAUUUCCUAUGGGGAGUGUUUCGCCAAUUUAACAGUGAUGAAGGCAUGGAGCCAGUUGAUAUGGAAAUUGAUAUGAUUGGAGGAAAAGAUGUGGAGGGAAAAGUUGAUCGCAUUAUGAAAGAUAAACCCAAGAGGCUUAUUAUUUGAAAAGUGUAAUAACAGACUGCUUAUUGUUCCACUAUGUUUUGAAGCAUUUACCUUAAUGUCUGCAUGAAAAUUGCUGCGUGCCACAUAUGUUUUGUAUUACACUUACCUUAAAGUUCAUUAUACAUCAUUACAAACCAUAAUCCUAGUAA